ACUGUUGCAAUACAACAGGCCAGACGGUUGGAGCAAACAUUUUGGGCAAACUUCAAUGGUGACAAGAUGUGUUUAGAUGUUAGAUACAGCGAUUAAAUUAUCUUUAACUUGUUUGACAGUUUUCCAUUUCCUAUACAAUGUUUUUAUUUUUGUAUCUUAGCUAGUGAUCACAGUGUAGCAGUCCAAAUUCAACCUUCGCUCGUCGCACUCAAGGCACAGACGCUCUGGUGUUUCAGACCUCGGCACUUUGUAUGAUGUUGGUUCAGACUCAUGGACGGGCCUGGAAUCAGGUCGGCUGCAGCUCUGGUCUCAGCCACCAGGAGGGGCUUUAGAGUGAGAGGGGAUCAGUCCUACCUCCCUGCCCAAAACACUCUUCUGAAAUCUUCAGCCUGUCCUCACCUGUUCCCUCAACACUUAAACAGAUACUUUUUUUUCUUCUCUAACCCCCUCCACCCAAUUAUUUCUCCUGUUUUGACUUGAUCCCUCUCAGUCCGCUAACCUCUCACCUUCACCUAACACCUGGUGGUUGUUUUAGUGGAACUCCCUUCAGAAUAAACAUGAGGAAUCCCAGGCUGAAUAUGUUUUUGGUAGGUGUAAUCCUCUGUUCAGUGUCCCUCCUUUACUUGGGCCUGAGUGGCAUCGAAUGCCCACCCAAGAACAGAGGCCAUCAAUACAGCUGGGUAGACCCCCGCCUGGGACACAUCAACCAGAGCCAAGCUUUUCCCAUCUACUACGGAGAGGACACCCCCCUCAUUUUUAUUGGUGGAUUCCCCCGUAGUGGCACCACACUCAUGAGGGCCAUGCUGGAUGCCCACAAUGCUGUGCGGUGUGGGGAGGAGACACGCGUGAUCCCCCGUCUACUAGCCAUGCGUGCCACCUGGAGUCGCUCGGCCAGGGAGAGGGUGCGAUUGGAUGAAGCUGGAGUCACCGAUCAGGUGUUGGAUUCUGCCGUGCGGGCAUUCCUCUUGGAGGUGAUAGUUGGUCAUGGAGAGCCUGCCCUCCGUCUCUGCAACAAAGAUCCUUUUGCCUUGAAGUCUCUCUCCUAUCUCGCCAGCAUCUUCCCCAAGGCCAAAUUUGUACUGAUGCUACGAGACGGACGGGCGACUGUCCACUCCAUGAUCUCACGCAAGGUCACCAUCUCUGGUUUUGACCUCACCAGUUACAGGGACUGCCUGACAAAGUGGAGUCGUGCUGUAGAGGGCAUGUAUAGCCAGUGCCAGGGGGCGCCAGAGGGCAGCUGUCUACCCGUGCGCUACGAGCAGCUUGUGCUACACCCAGAGGAAGAGAUGAGGAAGCUGCUGCACUUCCUGGGGUUGCCAUGGGACCCAGCAGUGCUCCACCACGAGGAGCUGAUUGGCAAAGCAGGAGGGGUGUCUUUGUCCAAGGUUGAGCGUUCGACAGACCAGGUGAUGAACCCUGUGAACACAGAUGCUCUUUCUAAGUGGGUGGGACACAUCCCCUCUGACGUCAUGAAAGAAAUGUCCGACAUCGCUCCCAUGCUCGCUCGACUUGGCUACGACCCCCGUGCUAACCCCCCAGAUUACACCCAGCCAGGCCCACUCCUCCAGUCUUUCAACUAUACACAGCUGAUCAUCAACCUGGGAAUACGUUUUAAAAGGUCCAUGGAGUAAAUAAUGAUGGAAGCAUAACUGUAUAUUUCUAAAGAUGUGAGUUUAUUUUCUUAAUAAAUUAUUUUGUUGUGGGUCAUUCAGUAAAGUGACAACUGUGA